CAGGCCUGGAGCUUUAAGGAGAACACAGUGACAGACCUUCUGCCCUUAUACACACACUCUCACACACAUACAUACACAUACUCACAACCAUGGAGUACUACUGCACUCUGCUGAUUUGGACCCUGUGCCUAUGGCCAGGGCUCCAUGACUGUUUCAACAUAGACACCAAGAGCCACAGAGUCAUCAAGGGCCCAAAGCAGGUGCAGUUCGGUUACACCGUACAGCAACACAUCGCUGGUGGACAGAAAUGGCUGCUGGUUGGAGCUCCAUUGGAAACAAAUGGCCAGCACCAGACAGGUGAUGUGUAUAAAUGUUCGUUAAGCAGAAGAAUCCCAGGCCCCAGCUGCACAAAGCUGAAUUUAGGAAAGAUAUCUUUGACGAAUGUCUCCGAACGUAAAGAUAAAAUGAGACUAGGGAUGACGCUCACCUCCAACCCUAAAGACAACAGCUUUGUGGCAUGUGGUCCUCUCUGGUCUUAUGAAUGUGGUAGCUCCUACUACAGCACGGGAAUCUGCUCCAGGGUCAACGCCAGCUUUAAAUUCUCACGCACCAUCGCUCCAGCUUUCCAAAGGUGUGAGACUUACAUGGAUAUAGUUAUUGUUCUGGAUGGCUCUAAUUCCAUUUAUCCAUGGUAUGAAGUGCAAGACUUUCUCAUCAACAUUCUGCAGAAAUUUUACAUUGGACCAGGGCAGAUCCAGGUUGGUGUGGUACAGUAUGGGGAAAAGGUGGUGACUGAGUUCCAGCUAAAUGAUUACCGAUCAGUGGAGGAUGUGGUGAAGGCGGCCCGACAAAUACAACAGAGAGGUGGAGAGGAGACCAACACUGCGUUAGGCAUUAAUGUGGCACGAUCUCAGGCCUUUAAACAGGGUGGAAGGAGAGGAGCCAAGAAGGUCAUGAUCGUCAUAACAGAUGGAGAAUCACAUGACAGCCCGAACCUGAAGCAGGUCAUCGAGGACUGUGAGAAAGAUGGCAUUGUUCGAUAUGCCAUUGCUGUCCUUGGCUAUUACAAUCGCAGAGGUAUCGAUGCAAAGGCUUUUCUCAAAGAAAUCAAAGACAUUGCCACUGAUCCAGAUGAUAAGCAUUUCUUCAAUGUGACUGAUGAAGCUGCCUUGAAAGACAUUGUGGAUGCUUUGGGGGAGAGGAUAUUCAGUUUGGAAGGAACCAGUAAGAACGGGACAGCAUUUGGUCUCCAGAUGUCUCAGGCUGGUUUCUCCACACAUGUCGUUGAGGAUGGGAUUCUUGUUGGGGCAGUCGGGGCAUAUGAUUGGAACGGAGCUGUGUUAAAGGAGACCCGGCAUGGUAAAGUGGUUCCACCCAAGUCCUCCUACACACAGGAGUUCCCUGAAGAGCUGAAGAAUCAUGGAGCUUACUUGGGAUAUACAGUGACCUCAGUGGUGUCAGCGCGAAGUGGGCAGCUGUAUGUGGCUGGAGCCCCGCGUUUUAACCACACGGGCAAAGUGAUCAUCUUCACCCUGAAGAACACAGGAGAGCUCACCAUCCUGCAUUCACUGAAGGGACAUCAGAUCGGCUCAUACUAUGGCAGUGAGAUUGCUGCAGUGGACAUCGAUGGAGACGGAGUCACUGAUAACCUGCUUGUUGCUGCCCCAAUGUUCUUCAGUGGAGGCUGGGAAAGGGGCAAAGUGUACAUCUACCGCAUUACCGAACAGCCCCGUUUCAUCCCGGAGGGGGUGCUGGAGCUCACUGAUCUAAGCGAGAACGCAAGAUUUGGAUCUGCCCUAGCACCAGUAUCUGACCUAAAUGGGGACUCCUUUAAUGACCUGGUAGUGGGAGCUCCGUUAGAGGACGAGCACCGAGGAGCCAUUUACAUCUAUAACAGCCAGCGCAACAGGAUACUGAGGAAGUAUAAACAGAGAAUCAGUGCAGCAGAACUUGCUCCUGGUUUGCAGUAUUUUGGCAGGAGUAUCCACGGGAAGAUGGAUAUGAAUGGCGAUGGACUGGUAGAUCUGGCCGUGGGUUCCCUAGGUGCCGCUGUACUCCUCUGGUCUCGCAGUGUGAUCCGUAUCCAUGCCACUGUCCGAUUCGAGCCCAGCAAAGUCAACAUCUUCAAUAAGGACUGUCGGCGCGGUGGAAAGGACGUGACGUGUAUGUCAGCUAUCGUGUGUCUGAAUGUCACUGCCAGGACUGUCAUCAAACCCACACAGGAAGUAGGUCUUUGGUACAAUACGUAUAUAGAGGAGAAGCGCUUUAACCCUCGUGCUGUGAUGGAUGAUCCAGACCGGCAGCAACCAAAAAAUCUUACUAUGCUUCCUGGAGAGGAGAACUGUGAACACAUCUACUUCCACGUAAUGGAAACAACAGACUAUGCCAGACCCAUCAUAUUCACAGUGGAAACAGGUCUACAGGAUCCAGACAAUGGACCCACGCUAGAUGAUACCUGGUCAACUACCACCAGAACCCAGCUUCCUUUUUGGAAUGGCUGUGAUGAGGAUGAUCACUGUGUUCCAGACCUGGUGAUACAAUCACAGACUGACCUGAUCAGCCGCAAGCAGUUCUGUGGACAGGUGUUUCGAGUGGGCAGUGUGUUGUGUCUUAGCCAAACUGAACCUGAAGAUAGCGAGCGUGUGAUAGAGGCAUCCAGGAAGAAAAUGGUAGUGGAUGUUCGUUUGGAGAACCGAGGAGAAAAUGCUUAUGGAGCCCACCUCAACAUCUCAUACUCCAGAAACCUACAGUUCUCCAGUCUUAUAGUAAAGGAUAAUUCAGACAUACAGAUCGACUGUCACCGUGGAGACAAGCAUAGAAAUGAGAAGUACUGUGAUGUCGGUGCUCCCUUCAUGAGAGCUAAAACACAGGUCACUUUCCGUUUGGAGUUUGAAUUUAUUAGCUCAGUGUUGCUGGACCAUGUUCGGGUCAUUCUGGCGGCUGGAAGUGAUGGAGAAGAAGUGGCUUUACAAGACAACAUUAACGACAUCUUCUACAUGCUGAGAUAUGAGACUGACUUGCUCUUCACAAGAGAUUCCAAUCCAUCCCACUGGGAGCUCAAAGCCAACCUCGCUCUGGAGAAGCCAGAAAACCUCCGUCCGCCAUUCAACUUUACUUUCCAAAUCCAGAACCUGGGCUACUUCCCGGUGAGAAAUCUACAGCUCAACAUUAUGAUCCCCGAAGUGACAAAAAAUGGGAAUCGCUUCCUACAGAUCCAACAUUUUCACAUAGACCAGGUAGAUGGGACUCACUGCAUUCCCCCUCAACACAUAGCACACAGUCGAGCAUCGCCAGAGGACCUGAGUCGUGUCUCUCGCCUGAAUUAUACCAACUCCCUGGCUGUGCCGAUUCAGUGCAAUGUGAAUUUAAGCUCCUAUAGAGAAGUUGGCGUGAGAAUCAGUGGAUCUCUCCGCGUUGACUCUCUCCAUGAACUGAAGUUUAAAACACUGGAGCUGGUGACAACAGCCUCGGUGGAGCUGAGCCAGGCCAGUCCCAUGUUCCUUCAGGAAGAGAGGCCUGUCAGACAGAUAAUUCUGGAAGUGAGGAAGGAGGAAGAUUAUCGUGUUCCCAUCUGGAUUAUUAUUGGGAGUACACUAGGAGGACUGUUGCUACUCUCCCUGCUCAUUUUAGCUCUGUGGAAGCUGGGUUUUUUCCAGAGACAGAAACCCAGGGAGGAGGCAGAAAACGAGGCCAAUGGGAAAGUAGCAGAGGAGCGAUAACGCAAGCUGCCCACAGGGCUUAACCUAGCCCAACUCUCAGGGAGCGUCCCACUACAACACUACACAUCUCUGGAACAGAGAAGAAGAAGAGAAAGAAAGAGAUAGAGAGAGGAUAUAUAAAUCAGGGCAGUAGGUACGUAAAUAAUAAGAGGAAAAGAAAGUGAGAAAAGAGUCAAAGCAAGAAACAUGAGAUGGCCAAAGAUAGAUGGAAAGAAAAGGAGGGAUUUGCUCAGUGCACUGGACAAUCUGUUGUUCAUUCAGUUAAAAAAAAAAAAAAACACUGCACCACCUUUCACCUGGCCUGCACUGCUUACUGAGCCCUUGCAUCACAGACAAGCCUCCAUAUCUGAUCAUCAGUCACACCCAACAGUGGGACUGCAUUUAAAGACUUCAAGAGAACAGCUUCUGGGAACAUGAACUUUUACAUGGGACCUGACUCAUCACAUCUGUUUGUAUGCCAAAUUAAACUUCUUCAAGAGAAACCUCAAAGGGCUGUGACUGUCCACAACGGCCACGUUUCCUGGUGCUUUUUCUCAACAAGAAAAAUCUUGGAAAAGAUAGAAAGUGGGGAAUUGGAGAGCAGAAGUUCGCACAAGAGCUGGCUUGCUUUUUGUAGUGAUGUCAACGGAUUUAAGAUGUAAUAUUAGGCACUGGUGUAAACUAGCUCCUUGUUUUAUUUUCAGUGGUUAUAAUUUAUUGGUAUGAAAAUGAACAGUGUUUUGGAUUUUUUUCACUAAUGCCCUCUUGUGGCAUUCUGAAACAAUAAUACUUACAUUUUUUGCCCUAGCAGGGAUAUGUCUGUCCUUCAAGAAUGAUUCUCUACUCUUUGAGAGGAUGAUUUCCUGAUUUACUUUUAGACCAAUUUUUGAUGCACUUUUGAUAUUGAUAUAAAAAUGCAAACUUGAAUUUUGUUAUGAAUAUCUUUUUUAUAACCUAUGUCAGAAAUAGUGUAAUAUUGCUUCCAUAAGGACUGUGGCAUUACCUUGUAGCUUUAGUUUGGCUUUUAAGACAAGCUGUAGUGUUUGUCUUCUGCUUACAGACCCGGCAUCUCAACAAAUAGCCUUUAAGAAAGGAUAGGCUUACUGAUCAAUAGUUUUUCCAACCAGGCCCAGUUUCUCUAUCCGUGCUGUGGAUGGCGUAACUGUAGUUAAAAAUGUCCAGAACAUCGCAAAAUGUUCAGGUAUACUUACGAUUGUCAUUUUGUAUAGAUUCAAAACUGAAGCAUAGUCAGAGAAAUUUAAGUGUACUAUCAUUUUAAUCUAUAUGUCAAAAAAAUAGGAAAUGAGGGAGUAUUUGUACAAAACGUAAUAAAAAUAAAUACCAUUUUA